AUGUCAGAUAAGAUUAAAGGAAGACUACAUGUCUUCCCAAAGAUCAUCGACGGGCGAUUUCUCAUUCAUUCGGUCUGGACAUUCACUAAAGACAUCGGAAAUGUCUCUCGUCAAUCUAUAGGGCAGUUCCGCAUAUGUCAACAUCAAAUUUGGGAUCCUUCGGGUUAUUCAAACUCAACGUUGUUGAAUAUCCAGGCCUAUGCUUUCCGUCUCGGACGUGAGGUCCAUCAUUCAUGCGACUUUUGCGAAACGGAUUUUUCUAUCCAGGCCUCUUCUGAAGUCACUGUGGUUCGUGUAUGGCAAAAUCUUGGGUCGGAGGUCACUUACUCGAAGAAUCAGUCGUGGCAUUGGCAGGCAGACUUUUGCCGCCGUGACUUGGUUCAUUCUAAGCACGGAAGGAUUAGGGAAUUAUACGGCCAGGACACGGUCUGA